GAUAUACAGCGGCGCCGCGGGCUCUACUCAGUGCGAGAAGCUCUCCGAGCCUCCGCUGAGUCCACAUUCCCGCAGAGCCCAGUGCCCCAGGCUGCAGCCGUGAGCUGCUGUCUGAACCCGAGUUUCUCCACCAUGCGCGUCCUGCUGACGUCCCUGCUCCUCUACGCCCUGGUCGUGAGCGACUCCGAAGGCAGCCAUGAAUUUGGAGCGUCAGAUGCAGAAAACUGUGGCUGUCUGAACGGAGGUACAUGUGUAUCCUACAAGUACUUCUCCAACAUGCAGAGGUGCAACUGCCCAAAGAAAUUCCAAGGGGAGCACUGUGAGAUAGACACAUCGAAAACCUGCUAUGAGGGAAACGGUCACUCUUACCGAGGAAAGGCCAACACCGACACCAGAGGACGGCCCUGCCUGGCAUGGCACUCUAGCAAUGUCCUUCUGCAGAAGUUCCACGCCCACAGAUCUGAUGCUGUCCAGCUGGGCCUGGGGAAACACAAUUACUGCAGGAACCCAGACAACCGGAGAUGGCCCUGGUGCUACGUGCAGAUUGGUCUAAGGCAGUUCGUGCAAGAGUGCAUGGUGCCCGACUGCUCUCUUGGAGGAAGGCCCUCUACUCCCCCAGCACAGCAAGAGUUCCAAUGUGGCCAGAAGGCUGUGAAGCCUCGAUUUAAGAUCGUUGGUGGGGAGUUCACCACUAUUGAGAACCAGCCCUGGUUUGCAGCCAUUUACAAGAAGCACCGGGGAGGCUUAGUCUCCUAUAUAUGUGGGGGCAGCCUCAUCGCCCCCUGCUGGGUUGUCAGUGCUACCCACUGCUUCAUCAACCACCCAGCGAAGGAGGACUACAUUGUCUACCUAGGCCGGUCCAAGCUCAGCCUCACUACCACUACUCCUGGGGAGGUGAAGUUUGAUGUGGAGCAGCUGAUCCUACAUGAGGACUACAGUGCUGAGAGCCUGGCGCACCACAAUGACAUUGCCCUGCUGAAGAUCCGCUCCAGUGAAGGUGGGUGUGCGCAGCCGUCCCGGUCCAUCCAGACCAUCUGCUUGCCCUCCCUGCUCAAUGAGCCCCAUUUCGGCACAAGCUGCGAGAUCACAGGCUUUGGACAAGAGAGUUCUAAUGACUAUCUCUAUUCAGAACACCUGAAAAUGACUACUGUGAGGUUAAUUUCCCACCGGGAGUGUCAGCAGCCCCAGUACUAUGGCUUAGAAAUCACCACCAAAAUGCUGUGUGCUGCUGACCCGCAGUGGGAGACAGAUUCCUGCCAGGGAGACUCUGGAGGGCCCCUGGUCUGCUUAAUCGAUGGCCACCAGACUCUGACUGGGAUUGUGAGCUGGGGCCGUGGAUGUGCCUUGAAGAACAAGCCGGGUGUGUACACCAGGGUCUCCCGCUUCCUGCCCUGGAUCCACACCCACACUGGGGAGGACAAUGGCCUCGGCCUCUAGGACCCCUACGGAGCCAAGGGAGGAAAGCAACAGCCGUCCAUUCCCAUCUGACCAUUUCUGCCAGUGAGCUGUCUCCCUCCGCUGAAGGAAGAGACAGGAAGAUGGGCUCUGCAGAGGUGGCCAUCUGCAGAGCCCAUCUGCUUGCGCCACCCACCAGGAUGAAGAUAGGAGCUCUACCCUCAGACAUGAACUGGGUGCUGGCCACCCAGAAGCCCCUGGCCAGGACAGAGAGGUGGUCCUGGCUCAGCAUAACACGAACCAUAACUGGCUUUUUAUGGACGCUGGUGCCAGCUGUGCAUGCUGGGAGGAGAGCUGGUCCCCAGUGGGGGUGACCCUGGAGGCCCACAGGUGGGAGAUGAUGAGUCACUUUCCACCUGGAAGUGGGACAGCUGAGGUUUAUGGAGGAGUCUGGCCUAUGGGGAAACAGCAGUUUGAGGAACAGAGACAAUGCUGGGCUGAAGGAAGAGCUCUGGCAUCCCAAGAAUGGAGCUGGAAAUCUUCCAUGCACGGGGGUGUGGGUGCACUCACACUCCAGCCACGGAGGGCAGGUGUCAGGGCUGCUGUGCUCUUGGUCUAAUCUAGGUCUGGGCAUUUCCCUCCACUGGUUUGUGACGCCUCCCAGAGUGGUCUGCCUGGAGUGCUUGUGGGUCAGCUGGGGGCUCCAUGGGUCCCCCAUGUGCUGGAGCCUGUGAAUGUAUCACUCUGGGCACCACUCGUGACCACAUGAAGUAUUUGUUUCACUUUCACACAGAUGUCCCUUUCUGGGUCAGUUAUGCUUCUGACCUUUCUGUCUAAUUAUCCAAUCCUCACUGGGUGAGGUGAGGGCUACUUCUGUAUCCUAUUUAAUAAUUAUAUUCUGCGAUUUUUAUUUAAAUCUAUUUUUAUAAUUCUGGAUAAAGGUGAUCAAUAAAAUAUGAUUUUUUU